ACAAGUCGAACGAAUUUGAAGAUAUUUCAGAGGUUAUGCCUCCCAAAUUUGAUAAUAAAAAUACGGUCGAACUGAUGGAGAGCUUGGAACAGUGGUUGAAGCGCAAUCGCGGAAAAGGUGGCACUUUGUUAACAUAUGUGAUCCGUGAGCAUCAAAAUCCGGACGACAAUCCAACAGCUGAUCCUGGAUUCCUUAUGCCAUCUAUGGAAGAUGAGGCAAUUCGUUGGAGCUUGCAUCGAGAGGACCAGUUUGUCGCUAAUAACAAAGCUGUGUGGAAUAUGUUAUAUUCGGUAUGCCAUGGAACCAAUGCUUGGCCUGUUAGAAAGGGAUACAAGACUACAGAAAAUGGAAGACAAGCGUAUCUUGAUCUGGUUGUCCACUAUCAGGGUGAGGGCCAACUCAAUAAGAGACGCGACUCUGCCUAUCGCAUCUUGAAUAGGACCCACUACAAAGGAAAGAAGAAUUUUAUUUUUGAAAAAUUUGCGGCACGGGUUCUUGGUGCCUUUGAAGAUUUAAAAAAACUGUGGCGAUGGCAUGUCGGAACAUGCCAAGGUAACCAAUUUCUUGAGCAUGAUCAAAGAAGGCCCGCAGGGCGCAGGCUUGGACGCCUGUAA